AAUUGCAGCAACUCUUGUUGCUGCCCAGCCGUGUCAAGUUUGCACCAUCUGGGUUGCUUGCGGUUGUCGCCCUAGCUGUCAUUUCGGGCCCCUUUCUCCGGCUCUCCACCGACGUCACAGAUUCAAGUUCUGCAGGGAAGCUCGCUCCUUGUCAUACUGCACUGAAAUUCCACAACGUUUUUCCUUGCCGUUGUUGAGAAGUCAUUGCCCCUAUCCUUCGUAAUAGCAGCUCUCAUCAGUCUUUUUCCAAGAUAAGCAGUUUCUUUAGAUCAGGAUUUUCAGGUGCACACACGCGAUGGCCGACCCGUCCUCGUCUCGGAGUGCUUCCACAGACGACCUAGGGCUCAAGCAUCUGGAAUUUGCUAGGCACGCUUUGAUAAGCUUGUAUAUCCUUCUCUUUAAGCUGUAUGAGCAAGCUAAGGGAAACUCAGGCUCUCUUCGAACAGGGAUUGACAGGGUAGAGAGCGUGGUACGAACCGUGGUUGGCCCUGUGUGGAGUAAGGUUGAGGAGAAGCCGGAUGAAUUGUUUCGCUUCGCCGACGAGAAGGUUGACGCGGCUCUGAAGUAUGCGGACAGCUACAUCCCCAAAGACUUAGCUCACCGAGCUUCUGAUUUCGUCCGCGCUGUUCCGGUGCGUGCGAAGGAGGCGCUCUACGACUGUCAGGAAAAGGGUGCGCUUGGUGCUGCGAAAUCCUACUAUUACGAGUCUCUGGAGCCGGUUCUCUCAGCGUACCUUGUCUUCUUGUGGCGCCUGGCGCUCUCCAUGCCGCUGGUUCCCCAUGUGGUAGUAGCAGCUUCCCCCAUUGUUUUCGCAGCUGCUGGUAAGUACAACAGCGUUGUGGCGUCGCUCCAAAAAUCAGGCUUCCAGUAUGUGAAGAAGGCUGCGGAUGUGGUUCCGCUGGUCCCUGUGGAGAAGGCAGAGAGCUAUGUGAAGCUCAGUCUGCAGCAGGCUGGAGUGGAGUGCAACAACUAAGGAACGAAACAUAGUGAUUCGACAAAAAAAACUAUUGCUCCUGCUCUAGGGGUUGUAGUAGCUAAAUGUGGGAAAAUAAUUCAGAAUGUGCUAACCUAGCCAUAAUCUGGCCUUUUCGAUCCACCUGUAUAUAGGCUUAAAUCCUGCUUGUGACUGACGAACGCCAAGUAUGCUAUCUGUAGCAUCUUGUGCAUAGUGAACGCUGAAGAUUAAACAGUAGGGAAGGGAGAAGUGAUAGCAGCAUUUCGAAUUAUCAUGCUUGAUGAGAAGGGGGGUU